AUGAUUGCCACCUUACAGAAAGACGAGGUCCAAGUUGUCAGUCUGUCACCCGACGAACGGCGCAAUUGCAAGUAUGCACCAGCCACGCUUCAGCGAGCACUCGAGGCAAUGCACCAAGACGGUCUCGUUCUACUCAAAGGCGUGAUUGACCCGGCGCAUAUUGCAGCCGUGAAUGAGAAAAUGUGCGAGGAUGCGGAUCGAAAGAGAGCAGAUCCGGGCCAGUUGUAUAAUCACUGCGUCAAGUCCAAUUUCCUCCAACGUCCACCCGUCAACGACUCGUCAUAUCUCUUCGACGAUGUCUACUUUAACCCGUUCCUCCUGCAACUUGCGAACGCCUAUCUCGGCCACAAGCCCAUAUGGAACUGGCUAACGUCGAACGUUGCGCUGUCGAAUACGUCGGGCAUGCGCCAACCAGCGCACAAGGACUGCUCGUUCGCCCACCCACAGUAUCCGUACUACUUCAUCGCGAACAUCCCGCUGUGCGACUUCACCAUCGAAAACGGGGCCACAGAAUUCUGGCUCGGCUCGCACGCCCAUGCCCACCCUCACGAGCAGGUCAUCGCCACCAAACCGGAGGAAGUUGUCGAGUACGGCCGCUUGGGCGAACCGCUUCCCGCCAUCACAGAAGAGGCCAAGGAAGCACGUAUGGCGAUCCGGCCACCCCUGCAGCCAGAGUGCUCAGCAGGCGACAUCAUGAUACGCGAUCUUAGGUUAUGGCAUGCCGGGAUGCCAAAUGGGACGGAUAGGCAUAGAAUCAUGAUCGGCCUCGGGUAUCAGAGCCCACACUACCCGAAUUACACGAUGCGAUGCCACCUGCCUCUGUCACAGCAAAACUUCUUCAUGAAGGCAGGUGGUCACGACAUGGUUGAGGUCCGGGCGAACUUUUACGAGGACGGAGAGUUUGAGAAGAAAGGGGUUGAUGUAGGCUCGUCUCGCGGGCUGGGUCUAGCGAUUGCCAAAGCAUUCCGCGACGAAGGCGCAAAGGUCGUGGUCAACUAUUUCCACACGGCCGAGGACCGCAUCGCGGCGCUCACGAAGGAGUUCGGGUCUACAGAGGACGAGGUCCUGUUCUUCCGGGCAGAUGUCACCGACGCCGACGAGGUCCAGGCACUGUUCGCAGCCGCGGAACGACACUUUGGGAAGCCGAUAGCCACGGUGGUCAACAACGCCAUGGUCGGCGACUUUGCCUUCAACGGCGACGCGAGGCCCAAGGUCGCGGAUCUGACGUGGUCCAACUUCGACGCGCAGCUGCAAGGGUUUCUCCGGGGGAGCUUGAACACGACACAAGCCGCUCUCGCUGGGUUCGAGAAGCUCGGCUCCGGCCGCAUCGUCAACGUCGGGUCGAACCUGUUCCAGAACCCCGUGGUGCCGUACCACGACUACACGGCGGCGAAAGGGGCGUUGCUGGCGUUCACCAGGACGUGCGCCGCCGAUCUCGGCCCAAGAGGCGUCACCGUCAACAUGGUAUCCGGCGGGCUCUUGCAGGUCACGGACGCCAGCGCGAGCACCCCCAAGGAAGUGUUUGAUCACAUCAAGGCCGUCACACCGCUGAGAAAGGUCACCACGCCCGAGGAUCUCGCCGGGGCGGUCUUGUUCUUCGCCAGCCCCUGGGCGGGCGCAGUGACGGGUCAACAGAUGGUGGUGGAUGGGGGCUUGGUCAUGAACUGA